AUGCAUGUUGGGCGCGGUGUUAUGCAAGUUUGGACCAGAUGCAUCCUGACGAUUAUUGUCUCGGUUGUCCGGCAAGUACAUGCAGAGCUGUGGACCGAAAUAGAGCGGAUGAGCGACCUACAACAGUGGCGAACGUUAUGCGAUCAAUAUACGGUUGCGCGGGCAUAUAUGGAAGACAUGAACGCCCGCAUUACGGUGUUUGCUCCGGUGGACGAUGUUUUUACCUACAAUCCAAGCAUCCGGGCCAUGAAUCAGAAAGAGACUCUCAGUCACAUUGGUUAA